AUGGAGCAGGCAAGGGAAAUUGGAGACUAUAACCCCGACGACCUAGUCUGGGACUCUACGCAUACAACCAAUGAACAGCAUCGAUAUUGCUAUUGCGGUCGCGACAGAAACCUGACCGAAAUUAGUUUGCAAUGUUCAGAAUGUAAGAAUUGGUUCCACCGAGAAUGCAUAGAAAUACCAUUGGGCCAUAUUGUUCCAUUUAUUACAAACUACCAAUUCGUGUGUAGAAACUGUCCGGGAGGCGAGUCAUUCAAGCGUACCCAAGCAGGUUGGAAAGAAAUAAGUGGAACUUCUUUGGCAAAUCUAAUCUUACAAACACACAUGCUCGAUCAUAACGCCGUGGGAGGGGACGAGAGAUAUACAACAGCACAAUAUCUUAAGCUAGGACCAUUUCAGUAUUACUUCAACAAAAAAGAUCACAUUUUGCCUUUCGUGGACAAGAACUGGUCGGGUUUAUGCACAGAAAGGACGAGGACAAGUACAUGGUGGGCUACAUUAGGAUCUUGCUUAUACAUGACGCAUGAUUUAUUCGUGGCGAAACACGAACAUAGAUCAGCUGGUUCAGAUUUUUGUCUUAAAGAUACGAAUCUGUGGCAUAUUCGACCUGGGCACUUUAUGUCAAAAAGCACGACGAAUGCGCGAGUUCCUAGAACGAGCUCGCAGGGGAGCAGCUUUAAGUCCGAGAACGAGGCCCAACCUACUUCCGCUUCGUCUCCCAUGAAACGUCCCUCAUCCGUAUCUCGGCCUAGCAAACGCGUCGCCCUUUCCAACGCUUCCAAUCAAUCUUCAUUCACAACAACUUCCAAUGCUGCAUUUGUGCAGUCCGGAGAGCAACGUAAUGUGCGUAACGGGUUUAAAUAUCUUCCAUGCACUGCCGAUCCAUUAUUCGCGUAUACGACGUAUGUGUGCGCAGAAAUUCCGCCUUUUGGUGUACGUUUGAGCAAAGAAGAUGCUAGUUCCUACGUAUGGAUAAGUGCUGAUAAACUGACGGCAACUACAGAUAAAGGAUUUCGCAUGGCUAGGGCUAAUUGCUGCAUCAGAGAGGGAAAGUGGUUUUAUGAAGUUUUCGUGGAUCGGGGAGGUGAAGGGAAAGUAAAUGGCGUCGACGGUGCUCAUUUGAGAGUUGGAUGGGCAAGGAGAGAAGGGGGCAGAAACACACCAGUCGGUUUCGAUGGAUACAGUUAUGGCGUCCGAGACCUCACUGGCGAGAAGGUACAUCUAUCUCGACCUGUGAAAUUCGGCGAACCCUUCAAGACUGGAGAUGUAAUUGGUCUCUACAUUUCCCUCCCUAAGCUUGACAGUGACCACCUAACAAAGAUGACCAAACGUCAUAGGACUGCAAUAGGUAUCAAAGGACAAACAGUAUUCGAGUACAAAGACUAUAAACCAACAAAAUCUAUGAAUGAUUGUCUAAUCCCACCGAUUACCAAAAAAAAGUAUGUCCCACCCGGUGCGUCUUCUACUAUGUCAGAGGCAAACCCAACGCAGUCAUCAUCUCCAACGUUUCCGACUCUUCCAAAUUCAAAAAUUAUUGUAUAUAAGAAUGGCGUAUGCCAAGGCGUGGCUUUUGAAAGCCUAUAUUCGUUCUUUCCCCAGCCAGACGAGUUCACCAGUAAAGGAGAUCUGAUCGAUGAUGAUGGGUCACCAGGGUAUUAUCCUGCUGUAUCGAUGUUUCGUGGAGGUACUUGUACAGUCAAUUUUGGACCGUAUUUCAUGUAUCCGCCACCAAAAGACCCCGAGGCUACCGUUGAAUGUGAUAAAGGUAAAAAUGAACAAAUGGAUUAUGGAGAGGGAUGUGUGCGUACGUGGAGGCCCUUGUCAGAAAGGUAUUCGGAACACGUUAUAGAAGAUGUUGUCUAUGAUCUAAUUGACGAGAUAGAGGCUUGGGCUAAAGCUGUUUUGGGAAUAUCUGAUGAAAAAAACAAUGGCAGAAGACGAAGCAAAGCGAACGGAAAGAGAAAAGCCAAAUCAUAG